AUGGUUCCUGCCGGCGCUCCAAAGGAAGCCUACUUCUACAUUUGCGAAAAGCUCUUACUUAACCACCCAGAGGUCUGCGAGAGAUCUGGAUUCGACGAUGAGAACGCCUGGGGUAUCGACGAUAAUUCCUACGGAUACGAGGCGAUGACAGGCCCGCUCAAUAUGACCCAUUCAUACAACUCUUGGACAAAUCGGUUCGGAGGCAAGGCCACGUUCUCGAAGUACAUGGUGUACACCGCAAAGGCACGUAAGCGCCGCUACAAAAGAAAUGACGAGACAAGCGCAGGACGGAACCCCGCACUCGGUUUGCCUGGUCCCGUUGUCACUCCAUCGACAGCCUCGUUCGACGGCAACGGCGCCGUCGAUACAACAGCCGCCACAGCUGUUGAGGGCGAAAACAACAGCGAGAAGGUCGUGACCGUCGCCAAGGUCGUCUUCGGUACCCUCGUCGAUAUAGCGGUGUCCAGGCUGCCCGUCGACUUCGACGUUCGAGCGCUGUCGGCCCGCCUCAUGCCCCCGCCCAUUGCGAUGCUCGAGGCCGUAGAUUACCAGGGGACGUUGGGAAAGACUGAGAUCAGCGAGCUUCACAAGCAGGAGUACGAGCAGGUCAAGCGGCAGCUUGGAUACACGCUGGAUACUCUCGAAGCUUUCCCUCUUGCACUCGAGAGUCAAGAGUACGCGCCUCCGAACAUAUCUGAUCACGAACCCGGACCCUCCGGUUGA